AUGCCAACGCCACUCGAUCAUGCAAUGAGAUCACGAAAUGCUUUCCUAGCUUUCACAGGUCUGGUGACGGGUGUUGCCGUAUGGGCGAUCUGGGGAGGAGACAUGUUCCCCACAUGCCCAGACCCAACUGGUAAUCCAGAGGAAUGGUCUAAAGAAGACCUCCGGAGAUGGCUCGCCGCUGUAUGUUGUGUAGUUGGGAGCACUGUUCUGUCUUCAUCGAUGCUGACCAGCCAACAGCGAAAUCUUCACCCUCAAGACUCAGACACGAGGGAGCAACUGUUGGAGAGGGUUAAAGCAAACAUGAGGAUUCCAAGGCAGUGA